ACUUCCUGUGUUUAUCCUCCCAGCAGCCUCCAUUCCUGGGAAACUUCCUGUGUUUAUCCUCCCAGCAUCCUCUAUUUCUGGACAACUUUUUGUUUGGAACUUCUUUCUGAGGGGCCUGGAUGUAACAAGCUCAGCACCGUGGGCACCAACAGGUCUUCAACAGGCACUAAAAUUGCCCCAGAGCGGCAGUGAGCCGGAAGCACUAUGGGUUGUGCCAGGCAGAGCAGAAUGGAAGCCGGGGAGCCCCAGGACUGUACCUCCUGGUUACCUGAUGAGUUGGCAUUGCGCAUCCUCUCGUACCUUGAUGCCAAGGAUAUCCUGCAGGUGGCGCAGACUUGCCAGCGCUGGAGAGAGUUGGCUGAGGAUGAAGGCCUGUGGCAGGGAAAGUGCAAGGCUGAUGGGAUUGAGGAGCCGCACACAGCUACAGGCUCUAGGCCCCGUCCAUGGAAAAGCGCUUACAUGAGUGAGUUCAGGAUGUCUAUCAGAUGGCCCCGAGUGAGAUGUAAAUGUGUAACGCUGGAUAUAAGUAAGAUGGAUCUGAAUUUCACACAUUGGACCUUUGAUGGGAACAAAAUGGUUUGUAUUGCAAGCGGAAAUGCAAUAAAGAUCUGGUCGACAGUUACUGGAAAACCCAUACGGGCCCUUGUGGGACACACAGAUGAAAUUUUAACAUUACGAAUGAGAGAUCACAUGAUUGUUAGUGGAUCUAAGGAUCAGACAGUAAAAGUAUGGAAUGCAGAGAGCGGGGAAUGUAUCCACACGCUGGGCGGCCAUACUGGCGCUGUCAGAUGUGUAAAUCUCCAUGAGAAAUGGGCAGCGAGUGGGUCAUGUGACGGUACCAUCAGAAUCUGGGACACUGAGACAGGGCGGUGCCUAUACAACCUAUCGCUACAACUACAGGACAUCGAAUAUAUUCGCUACGAUGGGCAACGGCUGACCAGCCUCAAUAAUGGUGACGUGAAAAUCUGGGACCCCGAGACACAGAGCCGUUUGUUCUUUUUGCCACUUCCCGAUGGCAAUAUCCGCCACUUAAAGCUGAAAGGCACAAACCUAUAUGUGGUCAGUGAGACAGGGGCGGCAACAAUGUGGGACUUGGGCACAGGGCGGUGUCUCGAUUUAGAGGAUCUGCAGUACUACAUGAAUAGGAUUGUGCUGGAGGCCGGAAUGUUCUUCUCAGGAUGCACCGACCUGCACGCAGCUUUACGGAGCAAGAAAUAUGUUAAAAAUUUUGAGAUGCUGAGAUUCAAAAGGGCAUUUUGGCUGUACGGUGUGCGACUCUGCAGGAAUAUGGGGAUAAACGGCACAGGGUUUGGGCCGGCCUGGGAUUUUCAGCAGGUGCCGAUCUGGAAUUUUGAUUGGAACUCUAUUGGCUUGAAUAGAAUUUUUUCUUAUUCUUAUCGUUUAUGUGUUUCUGAUACAAAACUCAUCUGCCUGAUAGAAGAGCCAGGUGUAGGGCUGACGGGGCUGACGCUGGACUUUCCUUGCUGAUUGGAGGAAGAGGAGACCAAGUAUAGUGAUGUGCGGGCCGGCCCGAAACCCGCGGGUCAGACAGGUGGGGCCUGAGCUCUAUAACUGCUGCAGUUUGUCAGGUUCUGCUUCUCAGUUCAGCUACACGACCCAACUACCUGCUAUAUAAGGAGUUACAAUGGGGAGUCGGAAGGGGAAUCGGGAUAAAAAUGAGAUUGGAUUUUGCAGAGAACUAAAGCUUGCCUUACACGGGGCAGAUUAGAACAAUAUCGCUCACUUUAGGUGGUCAUAUCGGGGGAAAGAUCUGCUUGUUUAGCAACCUCCCCAAACAAGCGGAUCUUAUAGAGUAUGGCCCGUCCUUCUCAUACCUGAGCUACAGGUGAGUAACAUAUGCCUAGUGGCCGUCUCUGCUAGUACCUGAAUUGAGUGAGGAGUCCCGGGAGUCUUAAAGGCGAUGUAAACCCUGCGGCACGGCGUGGCUCAACUCUCAACUACUCGGCUGUUGCCGGACUACAAAUCCCAGAAUAAUGUAACAUAUAAUGAAGGGUGUGGCAUGCUGGGAGCUGUAGUCCA